AUACAUACUUCUGUUCGUAGCUGUUUAUCUUUAUGUUAUUUUACCAGCUUAUUAUUUGCACUCGUAUAAUAUAAACGAGGUUCAUUUGCUUAUUUGUAUUAUGGUAUAGAUUUCCGAGUUCAAUUUAUUGUGGAUACUUUGUGCGACAGUCUAUAGUGUGUCUUCAGGUUGUUCUUGGCGUAAUAAUUAAACUAAAUCUGAUGAACAAACCAAACCAACCAAGAAUUUAUUCUGCUGUGGAACACGCUACAUGAAUAGCAGUGAAAAGAAAAUACGUGCGAUCGUGUAUAUACCAAAUCAAUCCAGUUAUUUUAAGUACCAAAUUAAAUAGUCACUAUAAAAGAAUAUUGAUGGCGAACAGCGAGAAGAAAAAACAAUUUAAAAAACGAAAAGUAACUCAGUCUGAAAUGAGUACUUCAUCCGCUCAAAAAGAAAACAGACCGAAGAGUAAAAAAAUCACAAAAGUGGACCUUCAAAAUGGUAUUGAAAUGUCCAAACAAUUGAUGAUAAAGAAAACAAAAAAUCUGCAAAAUCGUCGGUCACAGUCGAAUAAUAAAACUAGAGUUUGUGGAAAUGGUAUACCUUUACCAUCUUUGGCUGAACUGGAGAAAAUGUAUGAGGACUCUGAUGAAGAACUUAGCUCAAUACAAGCUUCACCAGAGAAAACAACACCAUUGAAAUCUACACAGGAGCCAGAAGUUAAAGUAAAUGAAAACAAACUUCUCUCUCCAACAACUAUACAUAAAAUAUCUGAACGUCUGAUGAAUAUUAUUACAGAUUUAACAGACCCAAAUGAAAUAUUCAAUGUUGAUGCUCCACCGGCCCCUGUUAUACCACCAAAAAAGAGGAAGAAACCUGAAGAACCAUACAUAGUAGGUUGCAAAGAACGCCCAAAGCUUGAACAGAAACCAAACACUGAUUUCUGUAAAGGUGACGAACAUUAUGGAGUUGAUGCUUCUAGUGCUGAACCUGAAUCCCCCCCACAGAAAAGAGCAAAAAAAUCUAAAAUUCCUCCCUAUUCUAAAUCAAUAUUUAAUGCCAAAACUGAUGAAAUUGUUGAAAGGCUCACAAAAAAUGGUGUAAACAGUGGAGAACCUCAUUAUGACAGUUCAGAUAGUAAUAAGACAAUAGAGUAUACUCCAUGUAAAAUGUCAAGCCCUAAAGAACAAUCAUUUUCACCCUUACCUAGCACUUCCAAAGACAGAGAAACUUUCUUUCGCAAUGAUGAAUUGUUCAAUCAAAGCUUAAGGGAGAUUACUUUGGAUGAAGAAGUCACCCCAUCUGAAACAACACCCAACCAAACAGAGAAAGUUAUAGCAACAAUUGUAAUUGAUGAUGACGAAGAUGAUGUUGAAAUCACACAGACUCUUCAAGUAGCCAGUCUUGAAGCAAACAAAAUAAAACCUGAUGGCAAUCCUUCAAAUGUUUCAAGCUCUGCACAGAGCAAUGACCAAAACAAUUUAAAUGAUGCAAAUGAUCAUGAUCCAUACACUGAUUUAACUGUAACUGAUGAUGUUAUCACUGAUAAUGCCAUUGAACUUGACGUAGAUGAUGUGAUAGCACAAAAUCAAGCAAUACUUAGUAAAUAUAAAGCAAAUAAUAACUUGACUACAACUGUUGUGACAGUUGAUGCGGGUACAUGUACAGAUGAAAUGAUUCCACAGACUGAAGAUGUCGAAGAGACAGAUGGAAUCAUUGAAUUAACAUUACCUGUCAUACCUAAUACAAAUAUAAAUGUAACCAAUGCUAACUCAACAGCUAAUAGUGUGCUUCAAGGAACCAAUUCUGGAAAUGCUUCAAGUAACACUUCGGCUAAAACUCCAUCAGGAAAGGAGUCUAAAAAGAAGGGUAAUAAGUCUCAGCAAGAUUAUAUAUUGUUGCAGUUUAGUCCUGGAAAACCAUCAGAUACAAUAGCAAACCUUGAAUCAUCAUGUAUCAUAAAAGAAAACUUAACUGCCACAGCUGUUGAAAAUGUAGUUUCAAACUUUUUCAAAGGCAAACGAGGCAAAUCUAAAGCAUCUAUUUCACAGCUCAAUAAAGUGAAAAGAAUCACAAAAGAUCUUUUAAAUUCUUUGGCCUGUCAUUUUACACAAAACAUAGAGAUUAUGAAUGAAAAUAAUGAUCCAGUAUGUGAAACCGAUAGUUUGUGUGAACCUGAUAUGGUACAGAACAUUGGUGAAUGUCCAAUCUGUAUGGAGCAAUUAUCCAGAUCAAAUGGUAUGGCUUCAACAAUAUGCGGACAUGUAUUCUGUCUAAGAUGUAUAGAAGCUGCAAUUAAAGUAAAUGGAAGAAGAUGUCCCACUUGCAGGAAAGGGCUGAGACGGGCUGGUGGAUAUCACCAAAUAUAUUUGUAAUUGCAUUAUUUUAUUGUGUACUCUUUUACUAGUCAUUCCAUUAAUGCCAUAGGUAUGUGUGAUAUUUCAUUGUGCCAUUGGUACAACUAAUAAUUGUGUACUUACCUGAUCAGAAUGUUGUGAGGUAUAAAAGCAUUUCUGACAGUAUGAUAAGUGUCUUGCUUCCCAGUUUAUGGUAUUUCUGUAUGUUACCAUAGUUUUUAGUUAUUAAAGAUGAUCUAUUGAUUGCCAAUUUAUGCCUAUUCCAUAUGCAUGAUACAUUCCAUUCAUUUUAGAAGAAAUUGAUUGUGUAGGAUAUUAUGUGUGGAAUACUAUUAUAUAUUAAUAUUAUACAUUAUACAUUUUUAAUAUUAUAAAUAUCUCAAGGUAUACUAAGAGUAAAAGCUGAGCAUAUGUCUUAGAAAUAAACGAAGAAAUGUUAUUGAGAUCUGAUUAUUAGAUAAUCAUUAGGACCUAUUGUUAGAUUACUUUACUGGAUAUUUACACAAUACAUGUGUAAUUUCUCUGCUUUGAUGCAGAUCUAUUAUUUACUAUAUUUAUGAUAAUAUAUUUUACCAAUUAGUUAUUAGAGUAGGGUAGUAGAUUAUAAUAGAUGUCUGAAAUCAGUUUUUGUACUAUGUAUUGCUAUUACUAGUUUUGGAUUUAAACACACCUAAGUUUAAACAUAUAACCUGUAGGUAUGUUUAGUAAUUAAGACAUAAUUACAAUAUGAAUGACAAAAACAAACAGGUCUCUACUCCUUUAUUUAGAUUAUUUAAAUAUUUGUAUUAUAA